ACUGCGAAGAGCUCUCACGGUGGAUCCUCAAGCUCUGCAUACUACAAUUGUCUGAUUGUAUAUUCUUUCCCAGUAUCAGUAGACGAAGGUAGGAAUCUUACUUCCUCACUCCCGAUCGUCAAUUCUCGUUCAUUCAAAGUUGGCUUCACCUUGAGCACAUCCUAUCUUAAUCCAACUUCGUUCCUUUCUUUUCUGCUCUCUUCUUUCCAACUUCAUCGCGCCACCUGGGCAACCUGACCCACCAUGGACUCCCCAACAAUCACAACCAGCCACCCUCGCGCCGCCAACUCCAUAAAGUCCACUCCGCCUUCCCGCUCGCCAUCGGAAGGCACGACCCUCCAGGACACGCCCCCGAAUAUGGAUACCGCGCGCCCGGCAUCGCCAUGUCCACCAGGAAACACCAACAUCUCCACACGCGUCUACAUCUAUCCUCUGCCCUACCCGCUCCCGCCAAACACGCCUAUCCCCUACUCCACCAGUCUCCCACACCGCAAUCCGCUUCGGUUGCCGUACCCGCCUUCUGAACCCACCUCCACGCUCGUCCUCACGUCGCCGGCCUCCAACUUCGUCGACCUGCGCUUCUUCAAGCCAAGGCUUUUGGGCGAGCCGGAAUUGCCCAACGAGACUUCUCCGACUGGUGAGGGGUCGGGGAGGAUAGAGUGGGCGUUUGCGGGGCAGAGUGUGAGCGUGCCUUUUACGGGGAAUGUGUAUAAGAUGCUUGGGGGUAGGGCGCCCGAGACUGAAUCCGAUGCUGGGACUGAGAAUGCAGAAGCCGUUCCCGUUGGGGAAGAAAAUGAUGCGAACGAUGCUAUCAACGCCAUGGACCCUCAAUCGGAAGACGUUUCCUCAUCAUCCUCCCUAUCCACCGCCAGCACCGUCGUUGCUGCCUCUCAUGUACUGCACACCGCUCCCCUUCCCCACCCCCGUAAAUCAACCUGGCAACACUGGCUCGACAGCCGGUACCCCCUGUUCUCCCCCUACAUUCCCAUCGACACGGGAGUCAUGUACUCAUUACCCAAUCAGCCCGAUCUCACGCUAGAAGUCGGUUCCGCGCCCUCCCCCUUCUCCGCCCAUGGGCAUAUCAACUACGAAGAACUCUGGCGCGAUGAACCUAUCAAAGCGGUCGGGGAACGAUGUAGAGACGCUGGCGGUGAUGGGAAAAGGGUCGCUGUGACGUUAAGGACGGAAGAGCGUGGUGGGGAGGGAGCGAGAGGGUUGGUGGUAAGAGUGGGGCAGUUCGUACAGGGAAUUAUGAAGAGGGGCGAGAGGUUGAGUGUCGAGAGGUGGGAGUUUGUGGAGCAGAGGGAGGGGGUAAGCGGUCAACAGCAAGGCACUUUGCGUGGCGGGGAAGUAUCGCAGGAAGAUGCAGGGGAAGCACGAGAGGACAGGGAGGGUGGGGGAAUGUGGACGCGGACGGCAAAGGUGGGCCCGGAUUUUGUGCCGUGUCCCGUGGCGCAGAGGGAGCAGGACUUGUCGGUGUCAGGACAAAUCGAUGUUAAUGGCUUGACAUGGACUGUCGAGGAGCUUGUGGAGUGGUAAUUGCGGGAGCGGCGACUCAAUCUCCGGUAUCGACGGGUCUCGCGAGGGAUUUUCCAUACCGCUUGCGCGGAGUUUCAGCAGGCGAUCAUCGAGAGUAUUGUGCUUUCAUAUCACCGAGGCGGUUCUUACAGGGACAUGGAACUUGAGUUAUCAGCGGUAUUCUGCGAGAAGGCAAAUACGUUGGAUUUCCCUGAGCAUAGCAACACUCGGAGCACAAUUGGGACGGCGAAUGGUGGUGGCAUUGUAGAACUAGAUAUCAUUCACAUGCUGCCUUCCCUGGCAGUGACCUAACCAUUUGACGCCAUCCA